GGUUGCCUCAGUGGCGCUCCUCCAGCUACCCUAGGCUGUCGCAGUAAUCAAAACGGUCAGCUACUGUGUAUAUGCGACACAGACCAUUGCAAUCGCGAUCCACAUGCUCUGAUGAAAGAACCACCAACUCAACUGCAAUGGCAGGUCUGUAAACGGCAAAUUGUCAACGGAAUAGAUCCGCCACCACGAUGGACACCUCCUUGUGCGGGGAACUAUUGUGUCUACAGGAGGAGUAAGUUCACACACGACAAUGGUACCAAAGGCUAUUCCUCCGUGAAUGAAUGCUCAAAUAGCAACGAUUUUGAUAUGUUCUCCAGUCGGGUGCCAUUCCUCUUCUAUCCAGAAUCCUGCGUCAGAAUGGAAUAUGGAGGGCAACAGGACGAGACGAUGUGUUACGGUUCAACGGCUGACGACACUGCUGCUGAAUACCCAACAGAGGGGCUGGUCGAAUGCCAUGCAGAUUUUCUAUCCAAAAAUUUACCAUAUAUCCCUAUACGGAAGCUUUGUACAGGACAAUUUUGUGUGAUAUCGGCAUUGCCGCAAGGUGAUGUGUACAGAGGCUGCCUGACGAUCGAUCAGAGCAAGGCCGACCGACAGAUGGCUCCUGGUUACUACCGUUCCUAUAACGGUAUAGAGCAAUGGAUAUGCUCAGCACCGAGUUGUAAUUAUAAUCUACGCAAGUUGGAAGAAUCGUGGCCAGAAGAGCUGGCAGAAUUCAAGUCAGUGACUUCACCAGUACAUUUUGACAGAAACUUUGGGAAAAUUCUCAAGAUUCUCGAGAAUUCUCGAGAUUCUCAACCUUACUCACUGUUGUUAAAAACGGAAACCUUGCGACCCUAG